UCCACGGACCGCGCGCGAUACCUUAUCAGUGAUUGUGCUAGUUCCAAGUGGUUACAGCUUCAGUUGAUUUUAGUGAUUGUGUUUAGUGUUUAAAAUUGGAAUGCCAUUUUCUGUUUUAAGAGGAUAGAGAUCGAGGAGGUUAUGCAGAAGAAGGUGCCAGGGGUGCCUAGCAGUUCCGCAAACCAACAUCCUCAACCAACUGCGAGUGCCCAAGUAACAAGGAAAGGGUUUUCGGCGAAUUUCUUCAGGACUACAUUCAGCUCUCGUGUGAAGGCGGUACCGACCGCCGCUUCUUCAAAUACCGUCGCAGAAACUACCAAAAUAGGCAGCGCGGAGACUAAACCUAUUACUAGAAAUAGACCUAGGACAGUACCGCCGCCGGAACAAUCAACACUAAAAAGGAGUACACUACGUACUAAAACAGCUCCUAAGCGACUUGAAAAACUUGGAGAUCCAGAGCGGUCAUUGACCCGAACUCAGCUAACUCCCGAUCCUGGAGGAUCUGACAAACAAGACUUGAAAAGUCCCAAUGUAGUCCUGCAAAUAGUCAGACAGUCGAGCAAACAGGCAGCGACGAAACCAUCUCAAAAAUUAGAAAAAAGUGACAGCAUUUUACCACCAUCUUUGAAACCUCGAGCUCCGGAAAAACCAAAAUCAAAAAUCAAAACUAUCAAUAACAACAAUGUCUGGACUAAUGCAAACGAUACUAAAAUUGUUGGGAAGAAACUACCAGUUCAACCCUUAAGAGGCCCGAGCCAAGGGAAACAAGAACCGGCUUUGAAAGGCGCUCCGUCUGUGUCAAGUCUUGAUUCGAAGCACCACAAAGUAGCACCAACGCGUGAUAAGACUUUGAAGAUCUUCGGGUCGAAAGAGAAGCUUCACAAAGCGCAUAAGAAGUUGGGGAAUAAUAAUGCUGUAGUGGAAGAAGGGGAGGGGGAGUUUGAAGAUGCGCGGGGAGGGUAUGACAGUGCGGAGGACCUCUCGCGAGGGUCGCAGGAGUGCGUGAGCCUGCCGGUGAUGCUGAAUGCGGACAUGCCGGGCUUCCAGGAGGUAGAGCUGCGACCGAGAUUGCCGUCUGAGGCAUCGCUAGCAUCAGGAGCCCGAGAACUGGAGACUCUUCGUCGGGAACUAGAAGCAAGCGUGAUGGAACGUGCUCAACUCCAAUCCAGGAUUGAGGAGCUGGUGGAAAGAUGCAGCGAGACUGAACGGCUGCGCUCACAACUGGAGAGACUCAAGAUGGCAGAAGCGGAGCGGGAAGCGGCGCUCGAGCGUCUAGCGGACGAGAACGGAGCGUUACGCGCGCGUUUACGCGGCGUGGCACAUUCUCCGCUAUCAGACAGCGAAAAAAGACAGCUGCUGUUGGCGCCAGCGCCGAGGAGGAUGCACUCAUCUGCGCCUGCAUCUAUCGCCCUCGCACAUAAUGGUGAAGGCGAUAGCGGGGAUGCGAGCACCCCCGAAUGGGACAAACAUUCUUCUUCAUCGCUUUCAGAGGUCUCGGUCGCGUGCCUUCAGGACCGUAUUCUGCAGAUGGAAGAGCACCACUAUAGUACAAGCGAAGAACUCCAAGCGACACUAGCCGAGCUAGCCGACCUGCAGACCCAGUUGGCCGACGCUCACGCCGACAACGAGCGCCUGGCCGACGAGAAACAAGUGCUGCUCGAGUCGCUGUGUCGGCAGACUGAGAAACUGGAGGACAGUCGCACUAAGGUGGACACUCUUCAAGAAAUGCUGCUCCGCGAAGGCAUCGAACCGGAGGCACUGGUUUCUGGCGACACCGACCAACAACUUCUAGCAGUUCUCAAGGUGUCCCAGGAAGAGCGUAGACUGCUCAUCACCAAGCAAGAGCAGUUGGAAGCAGAGUUGGCCGAGACCAAGACGUCCUUAGACGAGAAAACCAAAGAAAAUGAGUCGCUCGCUGAAAGAGUCAGAACAUUAGAAAGCACCGUGGAACGUUGCGAGGCGGAGCGCCUGCAGUGGGAGCACGAGGCGGGCGCCGCGCGCGAGCUGGCGGGCGCGCGGCAGAUACAACUCACGUCGCUCGGGGAACUGCUCGAGCAGGCGAAAGCUAAGUUGGCAGAGCGCGCCGGCGCGGCCGAGGGCUGCGCGGAGGCCGAGGCGGCCGCGGCGGCCGCGCGGCGCGAGGCGGACGCCGCCGCCGCGCGCGCGCACGCUCUACACGAGCGCCUCGCGCACGCGCAGAGGCAGCUGGACCGAGCACACAGCGAUGCUAGGAAACUACACGAUGACGCACUGGUGUCCCGCAACAACGCCAAGUCGACGAUCUCAGAGCUGGAGUUCCAGCUGGAACAGCUGCGGCAGGAGAAAGCUGCGCUCCAAGCUGAACUACAGACCGCCCAGGACGCCACUGCAGAGCUACAGAUACAGGUCCAAGUGGCAAGCGACGAAAAACUAGCAUUAAUGAGCAGAGCGGGCGAAGCGCUCGCACACGCUGCGGAAGUGGAGAGACAGCUCACGGACGCCAGGGCACGGAACGCGCAGCUCGCGAGAGAACGAGAGAGAGAUGAAGCGGAAUGGAAGCAGUUCCAAUCCGACCUGCUGAUGACGGUGCGGGUAGCCAACGACUUCAAGACGGAAGCGCAGCGCGAGCUCGAGCGACUCGUGUCCGACAACAAGGCGGCGAGAGACAGAAUACGGGCUCUCGAGGACCAGAUACAUUCGCUCAAAGGUGUUGACCGAUCCAUCUCGAUGGAUAGCGUCAUCUACUCAGAUGACGACAAAUCCAGCGAGUUCAGAGACUCCCAAAGCGAUGUAUCUAACAAAGACAUAUUCAGUAAUAUCAGAACGAGGUAUCUAUCGAGGGUCCAUAGCGUGUCAGACCCUAGUUUGAAAGAUACGAGUAUAGUCAGUCAGGCGUUCUAUAAAUCCAGUGUUCCCGAGGCAAAGAUUGAAGGGAUUAAAGUUGAAAUUGAUAAUGUUACGACAGAUGAAACAAAUGAUGAUGAUAAAGUUGGUUUAGACACAGAUGACACGCUUAAAGAUGUAGAUAAAGCUAAGCUAAAGAGGCAAGAUGCUAUCGAUGCAGAUAUAGAUAAAAUUAAAAGGCAGGAUGCUAUUGAUAUUGCAGCUGAAAAAGUAAAACGGCAAGACGCAUUUGAUAAUACAGACAACCGAGAAACUAUUGACGAAUUUAUAGUUCCUAUUGUUACUAAAGAAAAUGUUACCAAAUCAGAGUCUUAUGAAACUAAAAAACCAAGAGCUGGUACUAUUUUUAGUACAAACCUAAGAGGCGUUUAUAAUGGUAAACCAAAAGCUUACAGUCUAGAUAAUCUACAUAAUGACGGUGACUUUAGAACAUCGUUAAAGGAGGCUACUAGUAUAGAGUUUAUAGGUGCUAAUAAUUAUAGUGAGACGUCUUUAUUUACUGAAGGGUCAGAUAAUGUGUUUCUUUCUCCUCUUGAGAAGAACAAUACAUUUGUAAGUGAUCUUGUAGACCUAUUACCGAAACCUAAAACAUGUAAAGUUUUAGAUAAAAUAGUAGAUAAGGAAAGUGUUAAUGAUAUACCGGUAGUCAAAGCAGCAUCUAUUCUUCCUUUUCCGUAUCCUAAUGAUAUAAAAACAUCUCCAACUAACCCGUUUGUACCAUUUGUUCAAGACGUUAUUCCUAAAGUUACUGAAGUUAAAGAAAAAAGUGUGACUAACAAACCAGAACAGAUACCAGAUCCAAAAACAGUUCCUGAAGACCCAGUCGAAAAAGAGUUUAAGAAAGUUAAUGAAGACCUUAAAAUGACAUUUCGGUCGGCAAUUGAACGAAUUAUUAAAAACGGUAGAUCAGCGAAAAGGCCUUCGAAGGAUUUAAACACAGACACACAUGUUCAAAUUAUUACUGCUGUUAGUAAAAAUGUAGAAAAAAUAGACAGCCAGAGCCAGAGAUGUGAUUCUCCUGAAAUAGUAAAAAGAGAGUUAAACAACAAUACGCAUAAAAGGGAAAAGGAUUCUGAUACGAUAGAUUUGAAUGUGCCAAAAACACCUAAAGCUGUAGAAACGAACAUUUCGGAAAAUAAAAACCCAUUCAUAGAAAUUAUUACUGAACCAGCUCCAAAUAAUACUGAGGUCGCAACAGCAGUUGACGAUAAUAUUAGUUACCAUUUGAAAAUAAACACUCUUAAUGAUACUAGUUUUGAACAAGCUCCAGAUGUUACAGUCGCUCGUAAAAUAACCCCUCCCUUUGAAAAUAAGCAAGAAAAAAUUAGAGGUUUCCUAACUCCUAUAAAAAUUGUUGAUGGCAACAUUAGUUUGCAAAGUAGUAAUGCGUCUUCCCCAAUUGUAAUAAGCCCGGUUCUAAUUCAACCAAUCUUCUUUAGACCAAAUGUUACUCCUGUUGAAGUUAAACAAGAAAGCAAAAAAGCAACUAUUUAUUUUGACGAUACAGACCAAGUUCGUGCUAGUGAGGAAUCAGCACCAAAAAGUCCAUUAAAGGCCGAAGAUAAUCAAAAGAAAAAGGGAAUAUAUCAAAAGAAUUCAAAGUCAAAAUUGCCCUUUCUCUCUUGGAAAUCAUUUGGAUCAAAUGAAAGCAUAUCAGACUCCAAAUCUCCAACUAAAACUAAACCUGAGGUUAAAAGUGUUGCUAAGUUGCCUAUAAAGCCAGAGUUUCUCAUUGAUAACAAAUAUUAUCAGCCAGUACAAAAUGUUCCUUUUGUUAUUAAUACUUCUCAGUCUUUAGCAUCAACUGUUACUAGAACAGAGAACACCAAUCCAUUUAUACCACCCUUUCAUCGAAGACAAUCAUCGGAACUAUCAACAGAAAACUAUUAUGAGGAAAUAGGAGAACCUACCAUACCUAUCACCAUUGAAAAGAACGUUGCCGAUGAUGAUAAAAUUAAUAAAAAUCUUGCCAAAACCGAGCUAGCUAACGUACCAAGAGAAGAUAUAUUAGUUGUACCAAGACGACCUAAAAGACCUAAGAAAGAGAAACGUGUCAAUCCGAAAAUAAUACUGACACAAGAUGAAGAACCUACUGAAAUUCGUAAAGAAAUGGCUCUAAUUACAAAAUCCGUGAUAUCUCUAUCACGAUCCCCCAGUGCAAAAGAGCUGACUAAAAAACCUAUAGGUCCUGUAAGUGAAAUCGUCUAUAACUUAGAAAAACCUGCGUCUGAUGCCCCUAGAAAGUUGUCUUUACAAGGUCAGAAAGCGCCUACAAUGGAGCCCAACUUCGGUUCUUUGCCUCGCGAGAAAAAGACCUACCACUGGAAGACCCUGGAGCACAAAAGACUGUCGCACCCGAUCAGGUCGUUGAAUGACCCGCUGCCGGCGCGACCGCUACCAAUGCCACCGAGAACAGAGGAGCCCCCUCCACCUCCGCCACUGCUGACCAGCGCGUCGCUACAAGACAUCAUGGCUACCGCCGCAUCACACCGGCGGACCAAGGGUGUGUCUCGCCAAGAUUCCCGGCUUUCGGUGAAAUCGCUCAUUGAGAGUAUAGAGAACGCGGCCAAAGCGGCCAAGCAGUCGCCAGCCACGACCCCAGUCACUGAAUGGCCUACGGUUCCGCCGCCACCAGCAGCAACCCCCACCAACCCAAUCAAGAACGGUUUGUCCGAACCCGUGGCGCCCCCCACCAACGGCAUCAACAACUACGCCAAACCCCCCGCGCCCCGCGCCACCCGACCUUCCCCUGUGUCUACCGAGGGCGCGGCGGCCAACAUUCCCGACGAGCAGCGCGCGCUCUCGCUGCAACAGAAGGCCAUCGAGAGCUUCGUGCGACGGAACAGCCUGGGGGACAUAUGUGAACGAAAGGACCCGCUGAACGCAUUGCAAGUGAAAAACGGCGGCUCCAAGAGGAAUGCACUGCUUAAGUGGUGCCAACAGAAGACGGCUGGCUACAGCAAUAUUGACAUCACUAAUUUCAGUUCAUCGUGGAAUGACGGCAUGGCGCUGUGUGCUUUGCUACAUUCUUACCUAGGCGAAGCGAGGAUUCCAUACGCAGCGUUGUCACCGCACGACCAGCGGACGAACUUUAGCGUAGCUUGUGCGGCCGCUGAAGCCGUUGGCAUUCCUACAACGCUGAACAUUCAAGAUAUGAUCCAGCAGGAGCGCCCCGACUGGCAGCAGGUCAUGGCCUACGUCACCAGCAUCUACAAACACUUCGAAACGUAACUCUUAUACUUUAUACCAUACUCCAUAAUAAUCAUUCAAUACUCUAUGCGGCGUUGUGUACAAACUAUCUCUUAUGUAAAGAAAACAUCGAUAUGUUACUACAUAUAGAUCUUAAUACUUAUGUAUACCCUAUUUUCAAAUAGGAAGGCCCGAUAUAACUUAAAACCUAACAAAAGGGCUUAUAAUGUUUGCCUAUUGUUAUCUAAUUAGGGGCACUAAAUUGGCACAUGUUCGUUGCAAACUGCUUUGAAAGUGCGUGUAAAAAAAUUCCACGCCGAAAAAGGUAUCUUUUGUUUUUAUUGGUACAGCGGGGAAAAUCUCGACUGGGGGACAAUUGUUACUAAUCAAUUUUUUCCAUUAUUACACUAAGAUGUUGAGUUCUACUUCUACA